UGCUUUUCCAUUCAGGGCUUGAACUGCGCAAUCAUCCCGUCGUCGAUGGAGUGUUUCAGAUUGUGUGGAUUACGGCGGUAGCGUCGCUCUAUCAGGCACUCUGGUUGGAAGUGGAGCUGUUGCUGUACCCGAUCGGGUUCAUGCUCGGGCUGGAAGUGCUGCUAGUUGCCGCCGGGGACGUGAUCAAGCGCUGGAACGAUGAGGCGGAGGAUUGUUUCCUGCGCAGGGGUCAAGAUGGGGUCGUGUGGAUCGCACUAUUAGCGUACUUUUACUACACGCUGUACAUCUUGAAGCAGCUGUUUCGAACGAAGAAUCGCAAAUCUUCUGUCCCACCUGGAGCUACCGAUUACCCAUUAGUCAGCGUACAGUAAGAUGGAAAGAAACAGCGCGAGGGAGUUCCUUUACUGUACAGUGUAGUCGACACCUAGCCGUAUCUAGUCGUAAUGGCAAAUUCGUGUAAGUUGCGAACGAUCUUUAUCGCAGAUAUUCUUGUACAGGGUGCACCUUUCGGGGCAGACCUUGGGCUGGAGCGUGGUUUUGGUUUAUGUAGGGAAGUCACCAUAGUAGUGACCGGCCACCUUCCAGAAUGGACCCCAAAUUUGUGUAUUUUAUCAAGUUAAACAGCUACAUUGUAGUAAGCAUGAUAGUGAUACACGUACGGGACGUUGUGCAGAGGCAGAGUGGCCACCAGUACCCUUUAGCCGAAUGGCUCGAAGUGCGCAAUUAUCCGCUCGUAGAGGAUGUGUUUAACAGAUAUUGGAAGUUUGCCGAAUUUACUCAUCUGUUGGGUGUCCUGUUGGAAAUUGACCAUUUUCUUAUCCCGAUCGGGUUUAUAUUUGGCCUGGAAGUGCUCACUGUUGCUGCUGGAGACGUGAUCUGGAACGAUAUAGGGGAGAAUUAUAAAUUCCUCCUAGCUCUAAUCAUUUGGUUCGUGUACUUCUACUACAUUAUGUACAUCCUAAGGAAGUUGUUCCGAGCAAGGAAUUGCAACGUUUCCGGGUCAGAAUCACCUGCAAACGCCAUCAGACGCAUUAUGAAGGAGUUAACUCAAAACUCGAAAGAUCGUACCGCUUCCCGGGAUCCGGAAUCAGAUGCUGGCAACCCAUUGGUCAAGGUGUAAGUGCUGUCUUUCCUGUUGUGUACAAAAAAUACUUAAGGUUUUGAGCUUGAAAUGGUAGCUCUCGAGCGAGCGGCUUGCGUGAGUCACUGAGAGGGAAGGUCACAUAUCGCUCCCCAAACCAAUGUUUGUUUGAUGUACGUACGACAUUUCGUAGUUAUCGCAUAAAAGCAUCAAACAUUGAAAACGCACCAAAACUGACGCCGGCGCACUACCCAUUGAUGAGACAUUGACGAUUUGAAAGAACUGUUGUUGUGAUUGUGGAGUUGGUCGUAACCUUUAUCUUGCAGUUGACUGUUUGAAGCACACGGAGCAGUUGUUACCCGUCAUGUGUACAGACGCGUGUGAUUGACUUGAGUGUGUCAAGGCAUGUCAAAUUCAAGUCACAGCUCCCGGAUAGUCUUAGGUAAGGGUCCGUUGAAGUUAUGUUUCACCAAACAGCUUGCAUUUGGUUCCUACUUAAGUGUGUAGAGAGGACUGAAUUUAUCGAAUAAAAGACGUCAUAUUGUUUUCUAACA